AUGAUUGUUUUAACCCAGGUCGCUAUACCCACUGAGAAUGUCUUCUGCAAGCAAGAAAAUUGCAAAGCUGUCCUCAAUCACCAAGACUAUGGUACAGGUACCUUAUACAUUGCUGCAAGCAUGUUAACAUGGUCCAACAACGAAGGUAAUGGAUUGAAUCUGGAAUACCCUUCCAUCUCGCUCCAUGGUGUAUCGAAAGAUUUGAGCGUUUAUCCUCAUCCAUGCAUUUACUGCAUGCUUGAUUUACAAUUGAAGGAUGAAAAUGGAGACGAGCAGUCUGUCGGCGAACUCAUCCUUGCCCCAGAAGAUGAAGCAUCAUUGGAAGAUAUUUAUAACGCCAUAGCAGAUUGCCAAGCUUUACAUCCAGAUGAUGAAGAUGAGGAUUUGGAAGAUGCCCUAAAUAUUUAUUUAAUAACAGUCGAAGAAGAAGAUGAAGAUAUAAAUGAGGAAGGAAAUGGGACUAGUUCGGUAGAUAUGCCAAGUCAGCAAGAAUUUCAACACAUGAUUGAAGAUCAAUCCACUUCUGGCUAUCAAGAUGGAAAUAUGGUCUCCACAGAGCAAUCAAAUCAAAAUAAUGAUGGUCAAUUUGAUGAUGCUGAUGACCAUUAG